UUUCGCUGCUUUGGUUCAGUCUCAGACAAAUCUAAAACAUGAAGACUUCAAGGGUUCUGGUUGUGGUCCUGGUCCUGAACCUGGUCUGGGCCAGAACCGGACCUCAAACACAUGACCAGGUUUUGUCCCUGACGCCAAAGAGUCCGGAGCAUGUGGAGGUUCUGAGAAACAUCUCCACUCAGUUUGAGACGUCCCUGUGGCAGCCCGUCUCAUCUGAAUUCAUUAAAGCAGAGAGUGCGGUUCAUCUUUUUGUUCCUGUGAACAGCUCCGAGAGAGUGAGAGAAAAACUGAGGACACACGGGAUUACACACGAAGUUCUCCUGGCUAACGCAGAGGAGCUGGUGGAGAUGCAGACUCGUAACGACUCUUCAGAUCCUCGCAGCAGCUCCACCUUCUAUGAGAGAUACCACAGUCUGGAGGACAUUUAUCUGUGGAUCAACAGAACGAGUCAAGACAACUCAGCCUCAGUGAAGGUGCUGCUGCUCGGGUCGUCUUAUGAGAAGAGACCUAUCUACGCUCUCAAAUUGUCCCUGAGUCCUGGUUCUGAUAAGAAGGCUCUGUGGUUGGACUGUGGGAUUCAUGCUCGGGAGUGGAUAAGUCCCGCCUUCUGCCUCUGGUUUGUUCAAUAUUCUUUGGGAUUUUACGGGCUGAACUCGGAGAUCACUCAGAUCUUGGACAGUUUUGACGUGUACGUGCUGCCAGUGCUCAACCCGGAUGGAUAUCGCUACACUUGGACCAAAAACCGCAUGUGGAGGAAGAAUCGGUCAGUGUCUCAAAAUGGCCGCUGUGUUGGAGUUGACCUCAACAGAAACUUUGAUGCAAACUGGUGCACUGAGGGUGCUUCCAGCUCUCCGUGCUCCGAGAUCUACUGUGGGAGGUUCCCAGAAUCUGAGCCGGAGUCUCAGGCUGUGUCCAACUUCCUCCGGACCCAAAAAGACCUGGUCCAGAUUUACAUAAGCAUCCACUCUUAUUCCCAAAUGCUCCUGUUCCCCUACUCCUGCACCACGGAGCAGGCACCAGACCACCAGGAGCUGUUGGAAAUGGUGAAAGAAGCAGCUCAGAGAAUCCGCAGACACUAUCGCAACAACUACAAAUAUGGAGCUGGAGCCGAAACCAUCUAUCUGGCUCCCGGAGGAUCAGAUGACUGGGCGUAUAAUUUGGGGAUUAAAUAUUCAUUCACAUUCGAGCUGCAGGACACAGGGCGGUAUGGGUUCCUCCUCCCUCCAUCUCACAUCAGCAAGGCCUGCAACGAAGCUCUGCUAGCUGUCAAAACCAUCGCUCUCAAAGUCCUCCAGAACAGGGCCAAAAUAGGACCAAACCAGAACUAAACCAGGACUAAACCUACUCCCUCCAUCUCACAUUAACAAGGUCAAAAGGCCAAACCAGGACUAAAACAGGACUUAACCAAGACUAAACCAGGACUGAACCAGUACUAAGCCGGGACUAUACCUGGACUGAACCAGGACCAAACCACGACUGAAGCAUGGCUGAACACCGAAUAAACCAGAAGUAAACCAGGACCAAAGCAGAACUAAACUUGGACUAAACCAGCAGAAAAUUAUGAAAGAACCAUUUCUGACGUUACUGCAAAUGUAUUUUAUUUGAACUGUUUUAUCUUCACGAACCUGCUCAGGUUAGUUAUUUAGUUAUUGAAAUGUGUGCAUUUAUUAUUGCAUUUGAAAUGUGUCUCACUGUAAAUACAUAUUCUGUUUGAAAGAUC